ACACAGCAGACAUGAGAAUUCAAUACGAAUCGUUCUUUGGACGAGUCAUUCACUUAAUAGAUCUGUUCACGAACACUUUGAGAAACAAAUCAAAACAUUUUCCACACUAAUCUAAAUUCAGCAGGAUCACAUGUGUCGAGUCGCGGUCAGGAUGAGGCUCCGCCUGCUAAGUUGAGACUCUAUGCAGCCCUGCUAACGUUGAUGUAUUUUGUCGGCAGACUAACGUUAGUUCAGCUGACUCUGGUCAAGAAGAUAUAUGAAUGGUCAAAGUCAACGUCGGGUUUGAAGUUUGUUCCUAGGUGGAAGUGGUUGGCUAUUUUCGCAAUGGGUAAUUCAGGCGGGCACAACAACACUCUGAGUAUCCCACCAGGAAAAGGACCCCACGAAGUGGGAUGCACAGACUUGAUGGUGGGCCACACAGUACAGGGUACGUUCUUGAGACUCUACUAUCCGUGCCAAGCAUCCGAGAAUCCUCAUCUGCCAGACUGGGUCCCGUGCAGGGAGUAUUUCAAUGGCCUCGCAGACUUUAUGAAGAUGAACAGAGCGCUAAGUGAAAGAAUUUUCAACUACCUCUUUGGGUCUUGUAAAAUCCCAGCAGCCUGGAAUGCGUCGUUUAAACCAGAUGGCAAAUAUCCUGUUAUUAUUUUCUCUCAUGGACUUGGAGCUUUCAGGACGUUGUAUUCGGCCAUAUGUGUUGAAUUAGCCUCACAGGGCUUCAUUGUUGCAGCCGUGGAGCACAGGGAUGAAUCUGGCUCUGCAACUUUUUACUUCAAAGAAAACACUGAGCCAGGAACAAAAAAGCAUCCAUCAUGUGACAUAGCCAAACCUGUGUCUGAUAAUCUGGAGGAGGUUUGGAUGUACUACAGGCCGUUAAAACCAGGCGAGAACGAGUUUCCUCUAAGAAAUAAGCAAGUAAAGCAAAGAGCAGAUGAAUGCAUCAGAGCCUUGGAUCUUCUCUUUGACAUCAAUUCAGGAAAGUCUGUGGAGAACGUCUUACAGUGUGACUUUGAUUUGUCAACGAUGGAGAACUCCAUGGACUUGUGUAGAAUAGCAAUUAUGGGACAUUCCUUCGGAGGCGCGACGGUGAUCGAAAGUUUGUGCAAAGAUGUCAAAUUCAAGUGUGGUGUGGCACUUGACACCUGGAUGUUUCCUCUGGACGAGGAGAUCUUCCCAGGAGUGAAGCAGCCAAUCUUUUUUAUUAACUCUGAAAAAUUCCAGUGGAUUGGGAAUAUCAUCCGCAUGAAGAAGCUGGAUUCUGCCAUCUUUCCUAGAAAAAUGAUAACCAUCAAAGGGACAGUCCAUCAGAGCUUCCCAGAUUUUACGUUUCUUACUGGGAACUGGAUUGGAAGGCUCAUGAAGCUAAAAGGAGAUAUCGAUCCACACAUAGCCUUGGAUCUUUCCAACAAAGCAACUUUGGCUUUUCUUCAACGCCACUUAAAUAUGGACAGAGACUUCAAUCAAUGGGAUCCUUUAAUUGAUGGAAAAGAUGACAACUUGAUUGCAGGAACCAAUAUUGUUAUACCACAAUCAUCUAUUUAAUCGAGUAACAUGAAAUGUGCAUCAGCACAAUGAUUUUGUAUUCUUGACAAUACAUGUAACAAAUAGAGCCCAGAAGGUUACGUUUAAGAAAGGGCCAGUCUAUUAUGAUGCAACAUCUGUUUUUGAUAAAAAGAGACUAAAUUUGACUGCUGUGUAUGAAUACGAUUGAAUUUGCACUGAUUAGAUGGUGAUCUGAUGUAAAUUACAUUUUUUUUUUUAAGGCAAAACUACACACUCUCUACAGAAUGAUUUAUGAACGGUACCAGCCACAUUUUUGCAGAACAGACAGUGCAAUAGACUUUAACAUUUAACACUUCACCGUCCUUUGUGCCUUAAUGUUUUUAGUUACAUAGUGUUUUUAUAUCAAUGCAAUGUUUUCAAUGAAUUCUGUGACAUGUUUAAAGUGGAUAGUUAGCAGACAACCAUUUUAAAAUAUGAAAUGCUAUACUGUGAAGCAUAUUCAUCAUAGCCUUGUUUUACCCUAACAAUUUUAACACAUGGAAAGUAGAAAAUCAUGUUUUAUCUAAAUCUGUAACUAAAACCUGUGAUUUCCUGAUUUGUAAGGCAACAAUCAGUUUUUAACACUACUGGUUUCCAAGUAAAAAAAAAUAAAAUUAAUGUAGGAUUUCGAAUCUAUUGUUUGUAUUAAGCCACAAAAAUGGAGUUCUUUAUAUGUACAUGGGACUUUGUUUAUUAAACAGAUAAUCUCA